CUCGUACUCGCUCGCCUGCUCGCUUCGCUUUUUAUCACUUCUUCCUUCUCGAACCACAAACGAACACCUCCCUCCUUUUAUUACUCUCUCUCAACCAUCACCUCCACCUUCCCACUCGCCCAAAUCGGGAGGAGGAGAAGGAAGACGACGAAUUAAAAACCUCGCCUCCCCGUUCCCGUCCCCGUCCCCGCCCCCCAAACCUCGUCGCCGGUUAUGGCCGCCGACGGCGAGGCCGGCGCCGCGUACCGGGAGUUCAAGGCGCUGUCCGAGGCGGCGGACCGCAAGUUCGCUCGCGCGCGGGACCUGCCGCUCUACGGCGGCGGGGACCACCACAGCCGGAAGGCGUUCAAGGCCUACACGCGGCUCUGGCGCCUGCAGCAGGAGCGCCGCCGCGAGCUCGUCGCCGGCGGCCUCCGCCGCUGGGAGAUCGGCGAGGUCGCCUCCCGGAUCGGCCAGCUCUACUACGCGCGCUACCUCCGCACCGCCGAGCCCCGGUCGCUCGUCGGCGCCUACGUCUUCUACGAGGCCAUCUACAGCCGCGGCUACUUUGGCGCCGCGGCGGCGGCGGCGGGGACGGACGGCGGCGGCGGCGGGAGCCGGCACCAGGCGCUCCUGAUCCGGUACAAGGAGCUUCGGUUCAUCGCGCGGUUCCUCGUCGUCGCCAUGCUGAUGCGGCGGGCCGAGGCGGUGGACCACCUCGCCGGACGCCUACGUGCGCUCGUCGAGGAGACGAAGGCCGCGUACCCCAAAACAAACUUCAAGGAAUGGAAGCAAGUGAUUCAAGAACUUGGGAGAUUUUUGAAGGCUGAUGGAGCAUACAAAGGAUCUAGAUCACUAAGAUAUGACAAUUUGUUUGAUUCUUAUCCAUCAAACCUUGCAUCUAUUGCACGAUUCCAUUCAAAAAGGGUGCUGAAAUUGAAGGAAGCUGUGCUAACAAGCUACCGCAGAAAUGAGAUCAAGUUCACAGAACUAACUUUGGAUACAUUCAGAAUGCUACAGUGUUUGGAAUGGGAGCCCACUGGGUCUUAUCAGAUUGCUGCUAAAGAACUUACAGAAAAUGGCACUGUAAGUGAUCAGAGUGGACCCUCUGGUCUGAUCGAUAUUCAGCUGUCAACAGAAAUAUCUGAUGGAAGUCUGCCUUCAAAUCCUCAAAAAGCAAUCAUAUAUCAUCCUACAGCCGCUCACCUUUUAGCGGUUCUAGCAACAAUUUGCGAAGAGCUCUCUCAAGAUAGCAUUUUACUCAUCUAUAUAUCAGCGUCAGGGUCCACUGAGCAGAGUUUUGCUAGUCAAAAGCUUGGCUCUAGCUCCUCAUCUCGUGGGAGGCCUGCCUUCCCCGUUGACAAGCCAAAUUCACAUAUCAGUUCUGAUAAUCAUCUAUGGCUUGGUCCCCGUGGAAGUGGAGGUCCAAACAAUCUUUAUCCAGAAGAUCUGAUUCCAUUUACAAGAUAUCCACUGUUCCUUGUAAUUGAUAGUGAAAAUAGCUAUGCAUUCAAGGCCAUACAUAAUGCAGAGAAGGGAGAACCAGCUGCUUUAUUACUUUCUCCCAGGACAUCAUCAGCCAUGCCUGGAGUAGAAGCCACAAGUCAUGGAAGCCAGUUCACAUACUUCCUCACUGCUCCAAUGCAAGCCUUCUGCCAACUAGCUGGAAUAACUUCUGACAUAGACACCGAUACAUAUGCAAAUGCUGAGAACAUACUUUUCUCUGCUUUGGAAGAAUAUGAAGGAAUCCUCUGCACUUCUGUUGGGUUAAACAAUGUCUGGGGGCAAAUUUUACCAGACCCAUUUCUCAGGCGGCUGAUUCUCAGGUUUAUUUUCUGUCGAGCAGUGCUCUUCUAUUUCCACUCAGAUGAGCACGAUCAUCUACCGACCUGCCUACCCAGUCUUCCAGAGUCAGUCUCUCCAAAUGCAGAAGCCAUCAGAACUCCUAUCCUUUCGCUCGCAGAAAACCUUGUCGUCAGCGACCGAUUUAACUUCCGAGACUCCACACGCAACAAGAAAUGAUGAUCAGCAGCAAUAACCAUAACUCAUGCCUCCUGUAGAUACCUCUGUGGUAAAUAUAGCCCAGCAAUUUGUUGAUUGUUUUGCAUUUAUACAGCCAACGGAACAAUGACUCAGCAUCAACUGGAUGGGGUGAAUUGAAUGGCCAUAUGAAGAAUUUUGACCUGCUGCUUCAUCUCCGUUGAGCGUCUGUACAAGUUUGGUUAGGUGUUCUCUAAUUUGCUUUAGGCAUUGUAGGCAUGUAGGCCUUGUCUUCGGUUUUUCUUUUUUGUUGUCUUGGAGAGGUCGGUUUGUAAGCUGGAAGAGGCGUUUUUUAAGUACUCUGGAAGGCAUAUUGUUUUGUAGAGUUUGGUUAGCUCUAGCUCAGCAUAUUUUACGGCAGUUUACGAUAUCCAACUUUCAUUGCGUUACGUUUGCCUCGUGCUCCAACUUUUGUAAUUGUUUGUUGUUCUGGUUCAAAAUUGCUCGACCUCGUUCGGUCUGCCAGCUUUUC